AUGGCUUCUGAAGAGGUGAAUGUGGUGGCCAUCAUGUACCCUAAGCCCGGCAAGCAUGACGAACUUUCACGUCAUAUCUCGGAACUCACCCGCCAAGUACAUGCCACCGAACCCGAUACAUUAGUUUACUAUGCCUUCUCUAUAAAAGAGGGAAAUGAGAUAAUGGUCGUGGAGAGGUACAGAAACCAGGAUGCGCUCCACUUGCAUCUGCUCAGUCCAUACUUCCAAGAAUUCGGCAGCAAAGCGGCCGGGCUGAUGGAGCGGCCGUACGAUGUGAAGGUUGGACAUGGGAUUCUUCCUUCCUCGGUUGGCGUUACUCGUGUUCAAUCAUAG